CAAACACUUUUUUAUAAUUGUAGGCAGCUGAGUAUGUUUCUGCACUUGGCAGAAUUAAUAUCAUGAGAAGACAAUCUCUGCAGGAGGCAGUAAAGAUGUUGGAAGACUUCACUAUCAAAAUCCAGAACGUCAUAAGAACUAUUGCAGGCAAGCCCAACGUAGAAGAAGUGAAAGGAGCAAUAGUAUCCACGCUUAAAGUAGCAGCAGCCGUUGAGAAAUUUGCCCUUGAUUACGGAAAGCAACACCUGAAUGACAUGAAGCUAAUGAGGAUCAUUUAUACCAAAAUGGUUUUGGGAAUUCAAAAAGUCUACUGCCAGAAUGCGAGUGACUUCCUUUUCGAGGAAGAACGAUGGCAAACGAGAAUCGAUAUUGCCUCUUCAAAUUCUGAGGAAAAGGGUUUGUACGAACUAGCAUGUUAA